AAUGUUUCUUGGGAGUUUUCGCUGUAAAGAUGCUGGAUGACGAUGUUCCCUGGCGUGGUGUGGAUGCGGAUUGCUGUGGGUUUAUUUCGUGAUGUUAGCGUGAUGCUCUCAGAUCUGAUCACUUCAUUUCCGCACGAGCACCCGUCAACAGAGUGAGGAAGAAACAUGGUGAAAAAUGUCCUUCUGACAAACACCAGACAACAACGCAACGCUUUCCGAAGGCCUUUGAGAUGUGGAAAUGAGAAGAUUUUGAGUUUGGAUCUUCUGUGGAUAUAUUUAUGGUUGGAUGUCAAGAGCGAGAGAUUCGAAAGGUUUGAGGGUGUGGCUCAAUGUUGGUGCAAAACUCUUAAAGCCAGAAGAGGAAAUGAGAUAUCUUUCACUGGACGGCAUCCAUUCAUCCCCGCAGUGAUGCACAAUGUGAUCCAUUACUGAAACAAACCAAAUGAGAGUUUCCGGAGCGGUCGUGUGUCAACCUGAAGUCAACUGAAAGUAAAUCCUCAGAUAUUCUCCAGUCGCAUCAUGUGGGUUUAAGAUCAUCCGUUCGUUCAAAUGUUCAUUAAAGCGGCACGCACACACACAUACACACAAACAGAAGAGCUGAAUGUCUGAGUGGCAGUGAGGGAAUAAAACAUGAGAAGAGGCCGGAGAAAAGGAGCGAACAGAGAUAAGGUGUUUGGAUGUGACCUGCAGGAGCACCUGAUCUCCACCGCACAAGACAUUCCGUCGGUGUUGCGCAACUGCAGUGAAUUUAUCGAGGAGUAUGGGAUUGUUGACGGGAUCUACAGACUGUCUGGAGUCUCGUCCAACACGCAGAAACUGAGGAACGAGUUUGACACCGAAGGAACUCCUGAACUGUACAAAGAUGUUUAUCUGCAGGAUAUUCACUGCGUCAGUUCUUUAUGUAAAGCGUAUUUCAGAGAGCUGCCCAACCCUCUGCUCACAUAUGAACUCUAUGACCGCUUCGCUGAUGCAGUGGCUGUUCAGCUGGAGGACGAGCGGCUGGUGAAGAUUAAAGAGGUUUUGAAGGAUUUACCUGUCCCUCACUACAGAACGCUGGAAUUUUUGAUGCAUCAUCUGGUCAAGAUGUCCACAUUCGCAUCUCAGACCAACAUGCAUUCCAGAAACCUGGCCAUCGUGUGGGCUCCAAACCUCCUCAGGUCGAAGGACAUCGAGUCAACUGGUUUUAAUGGUACUGCAGCGUUCAUGGAGGUGCGAGUUCAGUCCAUUGUGGUGGAGUUUAUUCUCACGCAUGUGCCGGAGGUUUUUGCUGCUCCAGGAUCGGCCAUGGAGCGCCGGAAGUCCCUCCCCUCGUCGUCAUUACUGGCCAAUCAGGACGAACAAUUUUUUAAGUCCCUUCCCCUACAUUGUUCUGGGAAUCUGAGUCCGGGAGAUGGACCUCCACCCAUGCGGCCAUACCACGCUAUUAUUGACAGCACUGACAAGAGAAAAGGCUCGCUCAAAGGAAGAAAGUGGAAGUCCAUCUUUAACUUGGGUGGGAGACUUCAGGAUCCACGCAAGAAGAACAAAUACUGCCCCAAAGAUAAAGAGAAGACAUCGCUGAGACCUGCCAAAAGUAUGGACUCUCUGAGCUCAGGGCCUUAUGCCCUUGAAGAUUCAAAGCAUCCUCCGGCUCUGGUCCUGUCCCCGGCCAACCCUGAGGGCAUGGCCUCCAUCGGUGGAGGCGUGUCCAGCGGUUACGCUGUGACGUACAGGCGCACGGGCGGGGCACAGGUGAGCAUGGUGAGCGGUGGGACUCCGGGCACGUACAAUCGUCUGGAUUCGAUGGGCGGAGCCGAGGGGUCAUCUCAGGGCACCUCCAGGUCACCGGGAAUGAGCAGUAAAGCAGACCGCCGUGCCGGCAUCCACAUAUCCGGACCUUUCUCUGUAACUGUGCCACUUCACAUAACGUCCGGGUUGGCGCUGGGUGUGCUGCAGGGGGGCUGGAACGAGAAGGAACAAACCGUGCAAGGAGACGCUGCUGAUGAAGAACAAGCAGAAACAGAAGAUGAAGGUGAGGAGGUCAAGGGUUCAGAGCCGGAGCUGGAGCAGACGUACACUGUUGAGAGCACAACUGAUGAUGAUGCUAAAGAGAGCAAAGGAGACGCGGACGCUCAGCUGGAUUUGAGGAAGAUGACGACACAGAUUAUAGAGGAGGAAGAUGAAGAAACAGUCAAGUCAGAUAUGACCCAGCAUCAGGAGACCAUAGAGAGAAGUGUAGAAGAUUUGUUACCCCAGAAUGAAGAGGAGGAAUACAUGGAUAUGAGAGGACACCUCCAUCAAGCUCAGGUGAUAUCUGCCGAUGGGAGAGAGAUGGAUGAGUUUUCUGAGCAGGAUGUUCAAGACGCCUUUGGCUUUCUGGAUAUGAUGGACAGCUGUGCAUCCAACCAGCUUGAGUUUUCAGUAGAAGCACCUGAAGAAAUCGUUGAGGAAGAUGAAGAUGAAAGCACAAACAAUAAAGCACCUGUCAGUCCGGUACAGAACGUCAGUGAUGAGUGCGAAACGCCAGCAGUUAACAUGAGCACCCACCGAGCCCUCGCUGGAAAAUCCCACAGCUUACCUUAUAAAUCCCGCCCCUUCAUGCCCGCCCUGUCAUUAUCAUCUGACGACGACUACAGCGCUGACGAUGAUGAAGACGACUCUGAUAAAGAUUCUGAAUAUGAGGACAUGUUCUGUCAAAGUCUCCCAUCCGCUCUUGAUUUUCACAGAUUAUCCUGGUCUGCUGCCAAGACUUCUGCCCGCUGUGCUGACGACGCGCUCUCCGACAGCCAAUCAAAAUGCGUAGAUGAUGUGAUACUUCCUCCAGACAAUGGCGAAGAGCCGCAGUCCCUCAGCCAAUCGGAAGACACGAUUCUCACACCUGCUACAGACGACGGUGAAACACCGGCAGGCACUUCUGUCCAAAUCUAUAAUGAAGAACAUGUCAGAGCAGAUUCAAAGAUGGAGGAUCUUCAUGUAGAUGAUGAGAAGAACGAAGUCAAAUCAGAUGAUGUGACAAAUGACACAAACACAAUGACGGUAGAAGGUGACCCAGAGAAUUCAGAUGGCGACGAGGACAAAUAUUUCGGACCGGACCCGAUACCCUGUUCACUGGAGCCCAACCGGACAGAGACGGCCAGCAUCAGUGUCCACGAGCCCAUCCAAGAACAGUGCUCACGUGUGGAUGCUCCGCCGUAUACUGAGAUUUACACCGCCAUUGAGAUCAUCAUCACUGAUGUCACCGAGUCAACGGACGCUCAAGACGAAGUGAACAUCAAUCCAUCACCAGACGAAGAAAACACGACUGUCCACGAGAGAGCCAUCAGUGACGGCGAGGAGAUGACGACACAACCAGUCGAAGUAGAGAAAAGCGAAGAAUCUCUGGAGGACGAGCCCAAAGUGUUCGAGAUGGAAACUCCUGAACGUGAGAAAAUAUUGAGUGGAAAUGAAGAGGAUCCUGAGGAGGACGUUGAGAUGGAGGAGUGCGUGAAGGACGUCAACAAAACAACUGAAGAUGAAGAAGAACGCGAAGAGGUAAAGGAACACGAACCGUGUGAACCUGCAGAAAACAAAGAGCAAGAAAGAGUUGAGAUGGAGAACAGUUUUGAUAUCGAUAAAGAAUACAAUGAAAGAAACGUUGAGGGUACAGAGAAAGACACAGACGGUGUUGAUGAACGCUUAGCUGAGGGAAAUAUGUCAUCUGAAGAGAACUCGUGUGAAGAUGAUUCAUGUGCACAAACAGAGGAGCCGGUGAAGGAAAAGUCAUCUGUUGCCUCCGACGAGCAACCGCCACAGACACCUGAAGACCGUCCCGUUCCAGAAGAAGAGAGAGAAACGUCUGCUCCCAAACACGCGAAAGCUGUCCCCGCCGUCCCACCCAAACCUCAACGCUCCAAACUUACAGCUCUCACCCUCAGAAAACAGUUCGAGCACAAAGACGUCGAGAGACCGCAGAGACACUUGCAGUUCAUGGACACAGACGGACCACACGAUGACGAAACCGAAGACGACACCUGCCAGAGAGACGAGGAAAAACCAGCAGAAAACUGCCGAGAACCAACGAGCGAGACCAACGGUGGUGGAAUGGCUGAGAUAAAGGCUCCGCGAGAUGGUUUGGCCAGCGGGGACGCUGGGAUAGAUUUCAGAAAAGACCUCCAGAGAGACGGCGAGAGAGAGGCGAAGAGAAACAGCGGCGUCAGCAUGUGUUUCGAUGAAGCCGUCGCUCGGGCCACGGAGAAGCGGAGCAGAGAGACUUCCGAGCGCCUGUCGGGAGCUCAGUGGGAGAGAGAGUGCAGAAGAGAGGGAUUCAAACACCGAGAGAAAGACGACGAGAACAAAACUGACUGACAUCGUAAACCAUAGAUUUACACAACUACAUGAAAAUGUGAUGUGCAAAGAACAGCGAAAUAACUCAUUUCAUAGUUUUUAAUAUUUUACACAUAUGUUUUGUUUUUCCAGAAAUCUUUUUUGUAUGCGAGGACGAAGUUUUCGUAGAGUUUACAACAGUGUUUUACAUCACUUUACUAUUUGUACAUUCAGUGUUCAAAAUAAAACCACUGUUAACAAAUCAGACACCAUAGGUAAUGAAUGAAUUGGUUUUAAUACGUUUGUCAGAUAAGAUUGUAUUGGUUUAAAGUCUUGGAAAUAAAUUCGGUUCAUAAAAAAGGAACACUCAGGAAACAAAUCUAAAAAGAAACAGAACAGCCUCCGUUAGGACAGAAUAAGACAAUAUGUGUACAAAUAUUUUAUAUAUAUAUAUAUGCAAAUAUCAUAUUUUUAAAGCCUCGGUUGUUGUAAGCGUUCAAUACAAAUAUGCCUUGUCGAAUAAACAAAUAAAUAUUUUUGUGUUUCAUUUAUAUAUGUGGGAUCUGGUGUUUUUUUUUUAUUUAGAUUGAACAUAUUUACUAAAUUGCACGUACAUGUCAUUUCAUCAUAGCACGGGUUUAUUUUACAAGCACACUGGCCAGUAUUUUAGUUUCUAGCACAUUUAACAUGAAAUCUCACUCACCUUAUCUCUGUCCUUCUCUGUAUUUACAGAUACUUUUAACAGAAUUUAUUCUAUUGUUUCUAUCGUGAAACAUUUGUCAAAUAUAUAUUUUUUUUCUUACCUCAGGACUGUCUCUUAGCGCUAACUAAAUCUUUGAUUUGAUUGGCCAGUAAUUUCUUCUUUUCUUAUUUGAUUGGCCAUCGCAAUCAUUUUCGACCUUACGACACUCAGGCUGUGUCACAAAUAGCCCCCUACACCCUAAUAUAGUGCACUAUUUGAGGGGACAUCCGUUUCUAGCGGUGUCCGAAUUCAUAGUGGACAUUAUUGAGUGCACUCAUUCAAUCCCAUGAUGCAUCAUAAUAACGAGGCCAAUCCGUUUUUAGUGAUGUCCGAAUUCUAGUGAUGGCGACAUGACGCUUUUUGAACCACCGAAGCUUUAAAAAAAAUGAUUCGGAAAAGGUGCAUUACUCGAAGCUUUUCAAAUCAGAGCUCGACUAGGACCUCUGCUGGUGAAAGUGAGGGAAUGAGCUGUGUCAUGAAAUGUUUCACAACAGACCAAGGCAAAAAUGAAUGAGAUGAAUAAAUGAAUGAAUCAGUAUAUGACAACAAUCUGUUCCAAUGCAUACUUUAAAGUCAAAACA